CAAUCGAAUUGCGUCAUCGAACCAUAUGCCUGAGCCGUAACUGUGAAGUUUCACCAGCUUGGGAAUUCUGCUCGAAUAGAGUUAUUUUUAUAUUCUCAUACUUUUCCAUUAGACUUUCGAGACUUCAUGUGAAUUUUCCGAUUCUAAUGACCGUCGAGUCUCCAAGAUAACAUAAUACCAAAACGCCGACGCGCGGGAGACGGUUUCAGAUCUGAAGCGAAGAUCUGAUCCAUCUGUGUUUGUUUCCCGGGAAAAUGGAUCACAUCGACAACUUGCCGCCGAUGGAUCUGAUGCGCUCCGAGAAGAUGACCUUCGUGCAACUUAUCAUGCCCGUCGAGUCCGCUCAUCGAGCUCUCUCUUAUUUGGGCGAACUUGGCCUCCUCCAAUUCAGAGAUUUGAACAAUGAUAAAAGCCCCUUCCAGAGAACCUUUGCUAAUCAGGUAAAGCGGUGUGCAGAAAUGUCGAGAAAGCUGCGAUUCUUCAAGGAUCAAAUCAAUAAAGCUGGUCUGAUGUGUUCUCCUAGUCUUGUCUUGCAACCUGAUAUUGAGUUAGAGGAACUAGAGGCACAGCUUGCUGAACAUGAUCAUGAGCUAAAUGAAAUGAACUCUAAUAGUGAGAAGCUUCAGCAGUCAUAUAAUGAGCUCCUGGAGUUCAAGAUUGUAUUGCAAAAGGCAUGUGGUUUUCUUGCAUCGAGUCAUACCCAUGCUGCUAUAGAGGAGAGAGAACUGGAGGAGCACGUAUACUCUAAUAAUGAUGAUUAUGUUGAGAGUGCAUCUUUGCUUGAACAGGAAACAAGGCCUGGAUCAUCAAAUCAAUCUGGUUUAAGAUUUAUCAGUGGGAUAGUUUGUAAAUCUAAAGUUCUUAGGUUUGAAAGGAUCUUGUUUCGUGCAACAAGAGGCAAUAUGCUUUUCAACCAGGCACCGGCUGAUGAACAAAUCAUGGAUCCUAUUUCAACAGAGAUGGUUGAGAAAACUGUGUUUGUUGUAUUUUUCUCUGGGGAGCAGGCAAGAACAAAGAUUCUGAAAAUCUGCGAGGCAUUUGGUGCAAAUUGUUACCCUGUGCCUGAAGAUAUACAUAAACAUAGGCAAGUAACUAGGGAGGUUUCAUCACGUCUUGUUGACUUAGAAGCAACUUUGGAUGCUGGUAUUAGGCACAGGAAUAAGGCCCUUGCUUCCAUAGGGGGUCAUUUAGCAAAAUGGAUAAAUAUGGUAAGAAGAGAGAAGGCUGUGUACGAUACACUCAACAUGCUUAAUUUUGAUGUCACAAAAAAAUGCCUUGUUGGAGAGGGAUGGUGCCCUAUAUUUGCAAAAACACAGAUCCAGGAGGCUCUGCAUCGUGCAACUUUUGAUAGUAAUUCUCAAGUUGGCAUAAUCUUUCAUCCGAUGGAUGCAGUGGAAUCACCACCUACUUAUUUUAGAACCAACUGUUUCACAAGUGCUUUCCAGGAAAUUGUUGAUGCAUAUGGUGUUGCAAGAUACCAAGAAGCAAACCCUUCAGUUUACACAGUAAUUACAUUCCCAUUUCUUUUUGCUGUGAUGUUUGGGGACUGGGGUCAUGGAAUUUGCCUGUUGCUGGGAGCAUUAGUUCUUAUAGCACGUGAAAGCAAGCUCAGUACACAGAAACUUGGAAGCUUUAUGGAGAUGCUAUUUGGAGGGCGCUAUGUGCUUCUUUUGAUGGCAGUGUUUUCAAUCUAUUGUGGGCUAAUCUACAAUGAAUUCUUCUCUGUUCCUUUUCAUAUUUUUGGUAGAUCUGCUUAUGAUUGCAGAGAUACUUCGUGCAGGGAUGCACAUACUGCUGGCUUAGUCAAAUACCAUGAUGCAUACCCAUUUGGUGUGGAUCCCAGCUGGCGAGGAAGUCGAUCAGAAUUGGCUUUUCUGAACUCACUCAAGAUGAAGAUGUCCAUUCUUUUGGGGGUGGCACAGAUGAAUUUAGGAAUUAUAUUAAGUUACUUCAAUGCUCGUUUCUUUGGUAACUCAGUGGACAUAAGGUACCAGUUUGUGCCACAGAUGAUUUUCCUUAACAGUCUAUUUGGGUAUCUUUCCCUUCUCAUUGUUGUUAAGUGGUGUACUGGGUCUCAGGCAGACCUCUAUCAUGUAAUGAUUUACAUGUUUUUAAGUCCCACUGACAAUCUUGGUGACAAUCAGUUGUUCUGGGGCCAAAGGCCACUUCAGAUUGUGUUAUUGCUAUUGGCUAUAGUUGCAGUUCCAUGGAUGCUCUUUCCAAAACCUUUUAUAUUAAAGAAGCUUCAAAUAGAGAGAUAUCAAGGACAUAAUUAUGAUAGGCUUAAUACAUCUGAGAUGGAUCUUGAGGUGGAACCAGAUUCUGCUAGGGCUAGGCAACACCAUGAGGAAUUCAAUUUUAGUGAGGUCUUUGUUCACCAAAUGAUACACUCCAUUGAGUUUGUCCUUGGUGCAGUUUCAAAUACGGCAUCAUAUCUUAGACUCUGGGCAUUAAGCUUGGCUCACUCAGAGCUUUCUACUGUUUUCUAUGAAAAAGUCCUCCUUCUUGCUUGGGGGUAUGACAAUCUGGUCAUUCGCUUAGCAGGCCUAGCUGUUUUUUCCUUUGCAACUGCCUUCAUACUACUCAUGAUGGAGACGCUGAGUGCUUUCCUUCACGCCCUGCGUCUUCACUGGGUAGAAUUUCAAAAUAAAUUCUAUCACGGGGAUGGAUAUAAGUUUAGACCUUUUGCCUUUGCCUCAUUGGCAGAGGAUGAUGAUUGAUCCAAUCAUGUCUGUCUGUCUUUCCUGGCAAAGAAUAUACAGAAAGAUGCGGCACUACUCAAAUUUGUAGAAGGAGCACUAAAUGAGAUUUUGUAGGCAGCUAAUUUCGUCGUUGGGCUCGCUUGUUGCAAUGCCAAUUCUGCUUGAUACUGACCUAUCAACCAAAACUUAUGGCUCGUGUUCCCGUGGCUAUGCUUGUGUGAAAGAUAAAAGAUUGCUGCGAACCCUCACCGAAGGCACAUGUCACAAUAUUUUGCUUUCGAUUUUUCCCUUUAUAGAAUAGGAAGAGAAGUAAAGCCAAUGUUUAGACUAAUUUUUGUAGAGAAGCGGGGGAUUUGUCAUAGAAUGUAGCUAUUGAAUUUUGUUUGUUUGGGGUCACACAUACACACACACACAAUGUGAUCACUUCACAAUGUAGCACCGGUUUUGCUGGGAAUUGGCCUUUUUUUUUUUUCCGUUCGAGUAUCAUUUCUUGUAAUCAUAAAUGAUUGAUGACAUUGACAACCUAGACGGUCCCAUUUUUUGUACGGACUAAUCGAAGUAAAAUAUAAGUUGAAUAAUACCA